UUAUUUAAAAUGUGGUUUUAUUUGUUUCUGUGUCUUUUUGUGCCAAGCUUCUUAACAUAUGUAGUUCAACAUCUCAUCUGCGCAGUUUUUUAUAAAACGCAAAAUUUGAAGAAACGAUAUAAUGCUCAGUGGGCCCUUGUAACUGGUGCCAGCUCCGGUAUUGGCAAGUCCAUCGCAACGCGUCUGGCGCGACAGGGGCUCAACGUUGUGCUUGUGGCGCUCGGAGAUCAGCUGCUUGACACUACGUUUGAGGAGCUCAAAGCGACAUAUCCUCAAUGUCAAUUCCGCAAGGUGCCCGCGGAUUUGGGCGGGAAUGAGUACUUGGGCCCUAUCAUCGAGGCGACCAAGGACAUCCGGGUGCAAAUCAUCUUCUGCAAUGCGGGCUACCUCCUCACGGGAUUCUUCCACACGAGGCCUCUUGACGCGCUCAUGAAGAAUCUCAACUGUAAUGCGGUUAGUGCCGUACAGAUCACCCACCAUUUCGUCCAGAGCAUGAUUUCUGCGGGCUUGCGCGGCUGUGUCGUGUUCACCAGUUCGGCGGCCGCGGCUAUACCGUCACCCUUCUCCGUACAGUACGCCGCCACCAAGGCCUUCAUCUCCGUGUUUGGCGCCUCGCUCGCUCCCGAAGUGCGGCCCCACGGUAUCGAUGUGUUGGUCUUCCAUCCCUCCCCGGUCGCCUCCAGGUUCUAUGAUAAGGCCCACAAGCUCGACGCAUUGGACUUUUUCAAGCGCUUUGCCGUACACCCUGACGAGCUGCCGGAUACUGUGUUCGCCAGCGUGGGCCGCACCGUGUGGCGGGAUGUGGGACCCACCGCCCUGGGCUUCCGGCUU